GAGGUUGUAAGGCUAGCAGCUAGGGAACUGAUUGGACCGUUAGGCCCCCUUUUCCUGUGUGGGUGUGGUGAAGUGCCUGAAUUACUGACUAACACACCAUUUACUCCCCUUUUGCCCUGCGCCAGCACUUUAGGUUUGGCACUGUUUUACUCCAUUUUUCAUAGGACCAGUGUGCACUUUGACCCAUAGGAUAUCCUGUGCCUUCUCAGCAGUUGCAGUGGGAGCGCACUAAAACCAACAGACAAAAGAUCUUUACAGCUUUAAGCAGUUUUAUCACGAUAAAGGGAGAUUUAAGCAUUCUACAAAGCAAAUUAAAGACAGACUGGAAACAUUUACUCCUAAGCUUGACAAUGAUGGAAGAGGUGAAAGAAGUGACACCUACUUUGAGUGUCCUUGGUGAUAACAUUAAAGUUACAGAGGUGCUGAAAGACGGGGAAACACUUACCUUCCUAAUUGUAUCUCAAAAGCUGUCUGGGACAGGGGAGUACCAUGUGGACCGGACCUAUGAUGAUUUUGAAUGGCUACAGCAGCACCUGUUCUCCCAGGAGGACCUGCCUGGGAUACAGGGAGUCAUAUUUCCUCCUCUCCCUGCAAAGGCUCAGGUGAAUGCAUCUGUAAAGGUUAUGAAACAACUUGGCUUCCUUGGUUUGGGAGAGUGGCAGCCAUACCGUAUAGCACUACAAACAUUCCUGCGACAGGUUGUUGCACACAGCAUACUUAGCAAAAAUAAAGCUGUGGAGAUCUUCCUUACCAGCUCAGACCCUCCAGGCAGACAGAGAGCAAGGAAAAACAUUUUCAACCGGCUGACUCAAGCUGUGGGAGAGAUGAGAAAAGAAGGCCAUAAGGAUGUGGAUGACUUCUUUCAAAAUGAACGUGAUCAUAAUCUUGUACUAACUGGUUGUACCAAGAAUGCAGCAGAGAGAUUCCUGGAUGUGGUACAAACCGAGCAAAAAAUAGCAGUGGCCUGUGGGCACUUCUCAGCUGCUCUGCAUCUCUGUGUGGAACCAGGGGAGGAUCCUGACAAACAGGCUUUCUCUAAGAUGUGUGUGAAAUUAUCAGAUGUCUUUGAAUCUAUGAAGAACAACAUGACAAGUGUUGCUGAGAACAAUGUGAGCACUCUUGGGCUCGGUCUGGACCUGGAAUCACGCUACCAGGAGGCUCAGAAGGAAAUGCUUUUCAGAAGAAUCUGUAAACUGGUGGAGUUGGAGACAUCCAGAAGGAACGCAGAGAAGGCCAAACCUGUUAAGAAGGCUGCUUUGGAGGAGGUGAAGAAAGCAGCAGAGACAGAGUUUGAGCACAUCUGUGGAGUGGCUAAACAGGAGAUUGCACACUUCCAGGGUGCACGUGUGAAGAUGUUGCAGCAGGCUCUGGUUCAGUGGUGUGAACAGCAGCUUCAUACAGCCAGGGAGAGUGCUGAACAGUUCAACCAGCACCUACAAGCCUUCAGAGCAAUGGCCUAUUGAUCCCACUAGCACUCUCUUAAUGAAGCAUCUCCAGUAUGUUUUGACAUAGCAUGGGGUCAUCCAAAUGUCUCUGACCCUGUGUGCUUGCUGUAGCCUCAUUUAUUUGAUUGCAAAUGGAAUCUAGUGUAAAUAGAGAAAUUUAAGAGAAGUGAGAAGAACACAAACAUACACACUCCCACACACGUUAUCUCAUUCUUUCUCAUUGCUCUAAAGCCCCUGUGGAAAUGAUGGUUUUGAUAUCUUAGCAGUUGUCACCUGGUAACACCAUUGUAUUGUGUUGAGUGUUUAUUUGUACUGAACUACUCUCAAACAUUUGUGCUGAGAUGGUAUUGUGCUGCUCUGCUCUCUAGCCACUACUUCAACUGGGGUCACGCAAAAUGAAGUGUGAUGAAUUGAUUCCCAAAGUACCUGCUUGCCUUUGUGUGUGUUUCUUACUCUAGGAUCAUUAAUCAGUUGAUUUGAGCACUCCUGCAAGGGCAUGGCAACAAGGACACACUGUGCUCGAUUUUUGUUUGGCUUUUGAAACUAUUCUGGCUUUGUAUAUAUCUGCCAGGAUUCUCUCUUAAAAUCAUU